AUGAUUGCUAGGCGUGGAUUUAAGCAAAUAAACAUAUCCAAUUCUGUUAGAUGUUACGCUACCAGACAAAGUUCAGCUACCACGGGUGAUGAACCAGAUCCUCAAUUAGGUGGUUACCCACAAUUUGUACCACAGAAAGCACAAGAGAAGAACCCAUACAACAAGUACUGGGAUCAACAAGGCAGAACCAACUUUGGUGAUUUGCUACAUGAAGAUGAGGAUGUCCUUGGAGUGCACGCACCAGAUGUACAUCAAUACUCUUACGCGGAAUCUGCAAAGAGUAUUCUUUACACUAUAAUUGCUUUCUCUGCAUUUGGUUAUUUGGCCAGCGCAAUGGUACCACAGCGUAACGUUGCACCAAGAGAUUAUCCUAGAGAUGGACUUAAGGAUGAGUUAAGUGGUGUUGAUGAGAAUAAGGCCAGAGAGUACACACCACUUGAAGAAUAA